GUCACCAACCAGGUGAGUGAGUGGCCAUCCAGUCCCGUCCUCCGCCCGGCUCUGCUGGGCUCGGGACGGGCGACUGAACCUGGCCCUUCGCCCGCCGCCGGCAGCCGCGCGCGGGACGAUGCCACCGUGAGCCUUCUCUAGUACUCCCUUCUGCCAAGGCCUGUGUCCGCGAGCCCCUGAAUUUCAUCCCGCCUUCCUGAUUGCUCCUUCCACUUUGCUCCUGAGCUUGUAGCCACUAAUCUCCCCCAACCACUCCAGCCCAAAGGCUCAUAGAUUUUCAGUGGAAGCUGGGUAUGGCUGUGAGCUCUGACAGUUGCAGAUCUCUUAAGUAUCCUUAUGUUGCAGUGAUGCUGAAAGUGGCAGAUCAUUCAGGCCAAGUGAAGAACAAGUCCUUUGAAAUGACAAUCCCACAGUUUCAGAAUUUCUACAGACAAUUCAAGGAAAUUGCUGCAAUUAUUGAAACUGUGUGAAAACUGAUUCUAAACCGAAAAUAAUCUAAAAUCAUGGACUUCACGUUCUGCAACAAAGCUGCUUAAGGAUCGAAUGAUAUUUAUUGAAUGAAAAUUAUACUUUUGGUUUUCUACUUUUUUAAAUAAUAAUAAAAAAAAUCAGACAAACAGGAAUUACAAAGUGGUGAUUGAUGCACAGCUUUGUGAAUGUACCAAGAACCACUGAUUUGGAUAGUUUAAAGGGUAAAUUCUGUGGUAUAUGAAUUAUAUCUUAAUAAAAAAAUAAAUCAAACAGUUGAAUAAUAGUAAAAGUAACACAUUUAUGUAUUAAACCAACAGUUUUAAAAAUUGCUCGUAGUGUUACCCAUUUUAUAAACAAGCUCUUACAUAGAUGCCUUUAUAUACAGUCUUAUAUAUAAAGUAUAUAUAAAUGGAAAAAGUAGUAUUUGAUUAGGAUAAUGUUACUUUACAAAUUCAGCUUUAUAACAUUCACUUGCUAUGAAAGCAGUUAGUGAGAAGAGUGAGGCUGCUGCUUCUCAAAAAUUUGGAAUCAAGUUAGGAUUGGCCAUUGCUCCCUUGUAUUAGCCAAGCAUUCAGAUGUUUCUGUUAUUAAUAUUGUAGAAAGUUCAAGUAUAUGCAGACAUAGAAAGGUAAAUUUUAUUAAGAAUUUAUAUACAAAUGAGUUGACCUGGUAACACAGAUUAUUGUGUUAGGUGAUCUUUUGAAUUUGGAUUUGUAAACCAGUUAACAUAUUUUAUAAAACCACAGCAGUCAACACUAUAUGGCAUUGCUCAAUUAAACAGAUCACUGGAAUAGACUAUGUGGCCUAGAAAUAGAUCAAGAUAUUUGAGACAAAGAUGGUAUUUCAGUUGGAUGAGAAAACAAUUUAAUAAAUGAUACUAGCAGUUACAGCACAUACAAAAGUAAAUUUCAGAUGAGUUAACAAUUUAACUAUAAAAUAUAAAAAUUAGAAGUGUUAUAGAAUAUUUAUGUUAACUAAUGAUUGGGAAGACAGCAAUUCCACAACUGUAAUAUGAAACAAAUAUAUUUGAAAUUUAAGAAUUAAAAAAUCAUAUGUGAGAAAAAAAUGGGUCCUAAGCAAAAAUAAAAGACCUGCUGUGUUGAUGUGUAAGUUAGCUCCUAGUCUAUAAACAAAUUGCUUUAAAUAUUUGAAGUAAGAAGAGAUUUUUAUAUAAGAAAUGAGAUGUUCACUUAACUGUCAGAAAGACUGAGGGAAUGAGGAGAAAUUGUUGCUGGCUUUUAGAAAAUCCAGUAGUGCAGGAACUUCAGGGAAAGCCCCUGCCAGUAAUCUGCACAGUGCAGGAUGUCACCUGGAAGCCACUACACAGGCCAUUUCUGCCAUCUGUCAGCAUGUUCGAAUGAAAUAAAGGCUGCCUGCUUUCUUCACUCUUCUA